CAUACCCUAAUUAAAUCGCCAUGGAAAUGCUUCCUGUCAAACCCACCCAGAACUGCACUAGAAAGAAACAUACCAAAAACAAGCUUAAAGUCGUCUACAUAUCUUCUCCUAUGAAGGUUAAGACCAGCGUCUCAAGGUUUCGAUCCCUUGUCCAGGAGCUCACAGGUCGUGACUCCGAUAUUAGCCGCUACAAUGUUGAUCGUAAUUGCUUCGAUCCUGUUGCACCAGCCUUGACUCCAACCACGAGUCCACAAGGUGAGAAGGCAGUUGAAAGUUGUGAUGAAAAAGGUAUGCACUUCACUGGCUCGGAGUCUCUUCUUGAUGAUGUGUUUGGAGUUGAGCAGUUGGAAGGGAUGUUCCCCUCUUAUUCUUUAUACGAGUCAUGGUUGCAGUAAAUGGUGUUCGAGAGAGGUUUGUUGGGUUAUCGAGUUAGAAGGGUUGUAUUAGAGACGUGAGAAUUUUAAAAAGAGGUGUAAUGAGAAUCUGGUAACAGUGACGAGUAUCUAACCCACGAACAAUUGGUCGAAAAGAUCAGCUCUUGAUGUCAAUUGAGUGAAGACUUGAUAUGUUCCUUGAUAUGUGUUAUGUAAUAUGAUCGGUGUUUUUUUAACUGUGAUGGUAUUUAUUUGAGUUCUAGAAUGUGAUAAUUAUGAGUUAAAGACUAAAAUAAUAAUAGGAUGUAUUUUCUUUCUUCGUAUAGA